CAGGCAUUUGCACGGCUGAGUGCAGUCUAUGGUGGUACAUAUAUGUUGAACAAACCUGAAUGCAAGGUACUCAAUCAUGAGUUUGGCUCUGUGACCUAAACUUAGAUAGCAAAAUGCUACCUGGACCUUUCCUCCCAUUGGCAAAUCUGACUUGAUGGCUUUGGUGUUUCGGGUAGAGUUUGAUGGUGAAGGCAAAGUUAUUGCGUCACCUCAGAAGGAGAAACUGCCAAGUGUAAGAAAGUGGUUUGUGAUUCAUCCUACUUGCCAGGACAGGUUAGAAAGGUCGGGAAAGUUGCAGGGCAAUUGCCAUCAUGAGCCACCCAAUUCCCAACACCAAUGACUCUCACUCAGUGCAGGUUAUUCUUCCACAAAAGCAGUUGGGUUGCAAAUCAAACAUGUAAGCUAUAUACUUCUGAUCCUUUUCC